AUGGAAGAGGUUAAAACACUGAAAAAAUCCAUCUUUGAGGUGGCAGAGGCCGUCGAGAAAUUUGCUCUUAACUAUGGCAAGCGACACCUUAGUGCAGGGAAGCCUUUAAAAAGGAUCGUUUCCCCAAAAAUGGGUAAGGUUGUGACCUUCAAUCCUGUUUAGUUUCAAGGUCUAUUCCUUUGUUUCUUACUGACUUGCUGACUGACCGAAUGCGUUUUCAAAUUUCCUUAGAUGAUGUAAGGACUCAGUUAUAAGCCCAACCUAUUAGAAACGUUAUUGUUCGAUGUCAUCGAUUCAUCUGUUCUUGUAAUUUCUUUGGUAGUUUGAUUUUUGCGGUGGAGAAAGAAAUUCAAGGUAUUCUUGAACAAUCAACAAUAGCGAACUAGAAUCUUUCAAAUUGUGAAACCCUUCUUCUCACUUUGUUUACUGAAACUUUUCUUAAAUAAUAGAUUGGUAAGUACACUUUACUAACUGAAAUUGUCAAAUCUUACAAAUACUUUCCGCAUACUUCAUACUAUCCACUCAAAAAUUGGCCUAUCAUCUGCGAUGCACAUAAAUGCAAGAUUUUUAACAGUACUCCUAAAAACUCCCUAAUGAACUCUACGGUUCUCCAACGAAAUAGUUCGAGGAACGAAUUGCGUUUUGACAACACCAGUCCGUCCAGAACUACUCACUUUUUCAUCAGUUUUACAUUGAAUAAACGUCGUAAAAUGGUUGAAAUCGUCGAAUAGUCGUAAUAAAUAAGAUGCCGACGAUAAAUAUUCAUCCAAUAAGAUUAUGAAAUAUUUGAGUGCACCGCAAAACACAUGUUUGUGUAGAUGUGCUCUUGUAAAUUUCAUCGUAAGUGCUUUCAUUUGUCAUUUUUUGUCCGACAGUGUUGGCCAUUCAAAAGGCCUAUCGCCAGAAUAAAAGUGGUUUCCACUUUGAGGAACAACAAUGGCAAGCGAGAAUCGAUAUUGCUGCUUCAAAUUUUGAGGAAAAUGGUUCGUAUUAACUAUUGUGGUAACUUUACAACUUUUAGUAUUGGUUUCUCCAAUCGAAAUUUCUCUACUGAAAUAAAGCCUCAUAUAAAUGCGCUUCCUUAGUUUACAUAGUCUAUCUUCUUUAACCAUUCGCCUUCCUUCUAAUGUCACAUACCUCUAAAAUUUGAAUUUUGUGAGUAUUUUUGUUCUUGUUUGAUAACACUUUUUGCUGAUUCUUGGGGGGUUUAAAGGAUCAUUGGCAGUUGCGUUUGUAUACAAGGAUCUGCAUGACCUACUCCUAACAGAUCAAGCCAUCAGGAGUAAAACAGACAACCAAAGGUGACGUUAUUUUCGCAUUACUUCAUGUGGUUUACCUUCAAAAACACGUAACACGGAAACACAUAAGAUCUAAGUUCAACUAACCUGAACUUAGAAACUUUCCAAAAACCCUAACGAAGGUUUGAAGACUCCCUACUUGUCUCUGACCAUUCCACCUUCAUAAAAAAAUCCCCUUGAAUCUACCAAAAUGACGUAAUGUUGCUUCCUUGGUUUUGGUCCAUUUUCAAAUACAAUUUCUUCAUAGGAAUAUCAACUCCAGGAUAAUGGCCGUAACUAUGGACCCCAAGCCAGAAACAUUGAGAGAAAAUGUCACCCUAAAGUUCAAAAACCUAAAGGUAACAUGACAAUUUGUUGCUAUACGUUGCUUUGAUUUAUUCUGACGAGAUAAAAUCUAUUUUCAGGUCUUGGAAGCGGAGAAGCGCUGUAUGUUUUGGAGUAACAUCAGCAAAAGGUAAAAAAACUGCAAUAUAUUAUUGUAUAAUAUUUAUUCCUUCUUCAAUUAAAUUUAGUAUGGAGGAGAAUGAAUGAACUUUCUCAGAUGUUUUUGUGCAGAUUAACACUUUCCUUGAAGCCAACAUGUUGUCCUUUCAGAGAGCGGAAGUCUGAUUGAAAUGUUCUCGCAACCAAGACGACAAUGGAAGAAAACCUUAGUGCAAAAUUGUGAAACAUAUCGUCUUCCUCAAACAAUGAAUCAUUUUGUGUCCUAUGUUAACUUUACUUUUUUUUCAUGUCUGACAGCUUUUCAGAGGAAGGAUGUCAUGUAGUUACAUCAAAAAGCAACUCAGAAGAAACAGUUUGCAGCUGCAAUCAUUUGACGCAUUUUGCCGUCUUAAUGGACUACGACGAUAGCACAAUGGUGAUAAAAUUAUAUUUGCCUUACUGAAUAAUUUUAUGGGCUCGAUGAACUAACUCAAUAUUCUCCUUAAUAUUUCUUUUUUUGACACAGCUCACCGAAGAGGACGAAACAAUUCUGAAAACUAUCACCUAUGUGGGACUGAGCCUUUCCAUCGUCGGGAUACUUUUAACAUUAAUACUUUAUUCUUGCCUCACGUAAGCAAUGUACCUGAAUAAUAAUUAGGUAGAUUCUUAACUCCCUUCGACAAGGCUGGUGAGAAAAGAGAUCUCAGUGCAAAUCUCCAUGCAAACAAGAAUAUGCAUAUCAGAUAAUUCACAAAUUCAAGCUACAUUUCAUGCCUCAUCACAAACGCUUAAGCAACUCAUGGUUUCACGGUUAAUGAAUUCUUUAGGGCUUAGACAUAUUCGUAAUAUUUUCCUGUUUUGUCCUUUCUGAAGCUAUUUACUGACUUUUUUCUUUUCUUUGCUGUCAAGAUGUAAAUAAUUUUUAGCCAUAUUUUUCUGAGUCUUUUAACUCAAUUUUGUUUUGUUUUGUUGUUCUUGGUGUCUUCAAUGUGUUGUUGUUAUUGUUGUUGUUGCUUUUGUCUCGUUUAUUCUUUGCGUUUUUACUAUUAUUUUACCAGAGAUGUUCGUCAACCUCUCUCUCAAAUUCGACUGAGUGUUUCUAUGUCCCUUGGAGCUGGACAGAUCAUCUUCCUAGCCGGAAUAAACGCCACAGAAAACAAAGUCAGUGGUCACUCCUUCUAUCCAUAGAAUCAAUUUCCUCUUUGCACCGUAAAUAUCUUGUCGAAAGAAGCACCACAAGAAUUAUACGAAAACUCUUUCUUUCCACAGGCUGCCUGUGUUACAAUAGCAGCUCUGAUGCAGUAUUUCUUGAUGGCUGCUUUCUGUUGGAUGCUGAUCGAGGGAAUUUAUCUCUACUUCUUCGUUGUAAAAGUUUACAACAUUAACACCAAGAUGAUCAUGUAUCACGUCAUCUCAUGGGGUGAGUUUAUUAUUUUAAAACAUGCACUGGUAACUGUAACCAUGCUUUCGGAUCGCCAAAUCUGGUGUUGUCAUGCAGUGAAGGGUUUCCAUUUCCUUCCUUUCUUUAUGGGUAGGUCUUCCAGUGAUCAUGGUGGCCAUGUCAAUUGGAAUCGCUGCUGGAAAAGAAGGGUUACGAAGCUAUACGAGUGAUAAACAGUAAGAAGAAAAAUUCAAGGGUUUCUUCUUGCUCUUCUCCUUUUAAUUUGUUGCAUACGAUUCUCUGUUUUGUUUUUGCAUACAGUUUGAAGUCGGUAUCAUUUAAUUUGCUGAGAAUUCGUGUUUCUUUCUUGUGUUUCACUUCUUCGAGUUUAGCUGCUGGCUUUCCUCGACUAACAACCUGAUCUGGAUAUUCGUCGCCUUUGUGGCUUUCAUUGAAGUUGUGAGUUUAUGAUUAUUGUGAUUGGUAUGCCUGAACCACUUGCUGUUUAAGAUUUUUUCUGCUCUUUAAAAAACGAAUUAAUUAUUUAUGAUAUGACCCCACACAAUAUUGAUCAUUUCCUUUUCCUAUUUACUCACAAAAAAAAUUUGGAUGUAACUGCUAUUUGGGAGGAUGCUCGUCAAUUCUAACCUAGUGAUGGCUUUCAAUAGCGAGUAAAACUUGUUGACACAAUAUCUUCACAGGCAAAAGAUAGCUUCAUAUAUUCUCCAACUUUAACUAAAUAGUAUGAGAAAAAAGAUUCUUCCCCUUCCUUGAUGUUUUCUUACUGUUUCACAUUGAUGUAACAAGAUAUGUUUUUUGCGCAAAAAAAACUCUUAAAAACACUGAACAAGAUUAAAGGAGCAGGAGGAGCAGGAGAUAUUAAAUUUAUGUAAUUUAACAUGAGGAUUAACUUUACAUAGAUCAUUCAGCUCAGACACUUUAGUUCACGACUUCUUUUGCUCAUUUUCAGAGAAUCAAAGCUCAUAAUCUAGGUCCCCUGGUUGGGAGUUCUAUUCCCUUUAAAUGACACUUCAUCACACGUUUGUUACCAAGCUAGUAACGUCUUUGGCAAGGAUCUUCUCCUGCUUUGGCUAUUCGAUAACCAUAUCCAAAUAAUACAUAUAUUUCUAUUGUACUUUUCAGCUCAACAUCUUGAUACUCGCACGAGUCAUUAAGGAGAUGACCAAUUUGUUGCAGCCAACAGGAGAAGAAGACCAUUCCCAUCAAAUACGGUAAGAUUCACAGCAUAAAACUAAAGCAAAAUAGUGAAAGAAGUUGGCCUGUCCUCCUGCAAGGCUCUAUUCGCCUAACUUCCUCAUUUCCUAAUUAGUAAGGUCUUACGAUACCUAAAACAGAAAAUUCAUUGUCAAAGGAAAAUAAAGAAAUGUUUUCUUUUUAAUUCGUAGAAUUGGCAUUAAAGCAUGCGUGGUGAUGAUUCCCCUGCUGGGCGUCACGUGGCUAUUUGGUCUCCUCUCGCCUUUACAUAAAGUUUUCGUUUACAUCUUCACCAUACUUAACUCUUCUCAGGUCAGUGUUCGAUGAUAACUCACAAAAUUAUUCAAUCUCUAUCAUUUUUUUACAUUCUAACCAAGUGAGACACCAUCACAAUUGUCACAAGAUAUCUUUUGGAAUUUUGAAAACAAAAAUGCUAUUAAUUAUGAGAAAAAGACAGGCUUCUUUUUUAAUCAUAAGAUAUGAAAUUUUCUUUCCUUCCUGGAAAUCCUAAUAUAUAUUUGACUAAUUUGUUUGCAUAUUGUAAAAAUUAGUGAUCUUAAAAUCAUUUUUAUGCUGCAGGGUUUCCUAAUUUUCGCUCUACAUAGCAUGCAAAACACUCAGGUAAGAAAAACAUGAAAAAGUUUAUUAACUCCAUAUCAUCAGUCUUUAGUGUUUCGAUAGAUAUCCAACUACUAGUGCUAAAAACCGUAUUUCGUGUUGCUCGUCUAUUUGCAGAUCAGAGAGCGUUUCAAAAGAAAGAUGAAUAUCGUUUUUCCAUCCUCUGUAAAGAACAACUCCACAACGAAGAGCUCACAGGUCAAUCCAAGUGAGGCUGUGGAUGUAUGGGCAGUUGAAUUGCAGUCGUGCUGAAUUUGAAUCGAAAUCGCGCUUAACUUAAAUUGACGGUCAAUUACUUAGUAAAAUCACUUAGUUAACAGCAAUAGGUCGGUAAGGAUCUAUCUGACUUAAGAGCUGCCGGUAAAAAGAGGUCUUUCUUUUCAAUAUUGUUUAAGCACUCAACUAGC